UUUUACACCUCUUCUUUCAAAAGUUCAGGUUUUCUCGAGUCCACGUAGUUUGAUUUAUCAAAAUAUUGAAAAAACAGUUCCGAAAAUGACUCCAAAAUUGAAAAUUUCUUCAUUCGUUAUCAAGCGUCUAGCCAAAAUCAAAAAUCAGUGCAGUGGUUGUUUAUUCGGUGUAAUGUACGAUGGUCGAAUCCUGAUUAUGGGUUUUAACAUUGAGAACUCGGUUGGAUCGCCGAACUACAAACAGAUCCAAAAUAAUUUCCCAGCUGAAUUAGAUUUAUGCGGAUUGAUCAAAUUCGGUGAAUGUACUGAUGCCCAGGCACAUCUCAAUGAAAUCAUACAGGAUGUCGAUGUAACGGACAAUCCAGUAUUGUUACACUGCGAGAUAGGAACCAGUAAUGUGCGUGCUUCACUGUUUAUACAUGGACACCUGGAGGAUAUUCAAUUUGAUAUUAUGGAAGAGGAGACACUGUGGAAUGAGUUUAUUUAUGCAAGGGUUCAAUGCAAUCUGGAAGUGGUCUGUCCUGAAGAUGAAAAGUCAGUGAAAACUUCCAUGCAAAAUCUCAGGAAGUAUGUUGCAUCGGGCAAAACUGGUUUCAAAAUAGUAAAUUCACCGAUAUAUUUGAUUGGUCGGGCGUCCGGCACCUGUAUAACUGGAACUAAAUCAAAUGCAAAGAUUUCCGAUCUUCUUGAAGCUGCGAAUAGUGGCAGCACCGACGAUAUUCAAUCGAAAAAGAAAGUGGCGCGAACUGAUUUCGAAGUGCUGAGGGUAGCUCUGUUUAUGAAACUGUCUGGCGACCAAGAAUUUGAUAAAAUUAGUAACAACGCCGCCAAGUGUGUGUUUAAGCCAGAUGUUGUCAAAAUACGGAUCCCUCUACAGAUUGAUAGCUUGGCUGUGCUGCACAAAAAUACCAAAGCGUUAGGACUGUACGACAUUUUGAUUGAAAGUGUUUGCCGAUCGAUUCGUUUAAUUGAGAAAAGUGUUGCGAAUCAAAAGUUUUUGUCCAAUAUCAACGAUCUUGGCGUACCGAAGACGUUCAACUUUAAGCCCAACGAGCUGGGACACUUUUUUAGUUGCGUUUAUCUAACCAAUAGCGUCGAUGAAGAUGAGUACUUAGUCAAACGACGUAAGAAACUGCAUCAGCAAUUUGCCCUGCCAUUAACUCGACCACAAUUUAAACGAACCAACCGGUACUUAUUUGAUGGUGAACAACCGACAAUGAAACAUCUUGUCAAUCCACACAUUGGGCUCAAGAGCCAAGUCACGGGUGGUACGCAGUAUCUGGUGACUGGAAAAUACACAUAUUAUCACUACAUGCAAGAUGGAUUUGAUGACAACGGUUGGGGCUGUGCAUAUCGAUCACUUCAAACUCUGUCUUCGUGGUAUCAAUGGCAGGGAUACGUUGAACGAGACGUGCCAUCACACAAGGAAAUUCAAAAGUACUUAUUCGAUAUUGGUGAUAAGCAGAGUAGUUUCGUCGGUUCGAAGCAAUGGAUUGGGUCCACGGAAGUGUCAAUGGUAUUGGAUGGAUUGUUUCACAUAGUUUGCCGAAUUUUACGCGUUGAAUCGGGCGCUGAUUUAUCGCAACAUGGUCCGACACUAGCCAGACAUUUUGAAACGCAAGGAACGCCGAUCAUGAUUGGCGGCGGUGUGCUUGCACACACAAUACUUGGAAUUGAUUUCAAUAGUGCGACAAAUGAGCUUAAAUUUCUGAUCCUGGAUCCACAUUAUACGGGCGCCGAUGACUUAUCGAUUGUGCAAGCGAAAAAAUGGUGCGGAUGGAAAGGAAUCGAUUUUUGGGACAAGAAAUCAUAUUACAAUUUGUGUAUGCCACAACUUCCGAUGAACACUUGUUGUUGAUAAAGUCCAGUGCUAUUAGGUGUGAGGUCAGCGGUACGACAAAACGGAAAAGAUUGUGAAGGAAAAAAGUGUAUUGCGAGCUGUAAGAAUAUGGAAAAUGUAAUUUAAAUUAUGGAAAUUUGGAUUUUGUAAUUGACGCCGCGUGUUUUGUAUUUGCGAGUUCUUGCUUUUAUCGUCAUUUUUUGUAAAUAAAAUUUUAAUUUU